GGAGAGGGGAAGGGGGGAGGGAAGCCCGUCAGCUCUUUAAUUACUAUAGUGCUUUUCCAUUAAUAGUUUUGUUUUCCCGGGGGAAAAAAGGAGGUUAACAGACCAUGUAUUGUUCUAAAGUCUGUGCUACUUCUAGCGGGAGGUCUGUGGCGCCCACCACAGCCUCGCCUGGAAAACUCCGGGUGAGGAGUGAAACCUCCGGUGAGCUCAGGGAGGUGCCGGGUCCCUGCUACCUCCAGAUCCGUGCCGGCCCCCAGCUUAUUGGGUGUAACCAGCCCCCCUCCCCUCCCCUCCUCCACAUUCUUCUCUGUGUUCCUCCUCCCCUCUGUCCCUCACUUCUGUCCCUCCCUUCUGCAUUUCUUCCUUUUUUUUUUUUUUUCUUUAACAUCUUUCCAUCUGUUCUUAUUUGUGGGCGCCUCUGUGUUCCGCUGCGCUUAGGUCGCUCAGCCCUGUCCGACUCCUUGCGACCCCAUGGGCUCUACCCCGCCAGGCUCCUCUGUCCAUGGGAUUCUCCGCGCAGGAAUGCUGGAGGGGUUGCCAUGCCCUCCUCCAGGGGAUCUUCCCGACCCAGGCCUCCCGUUGUAUUGCAGGCGGAUUCUUUACCAGCCGAGCUGCCAGGGAAGCCCUCUCUCUCUCACGUGAAACAGCUUCCUCCCGUCUCCCCCUGCUCAGCAGUCACAGUGUGGAUUGCGCACUCCCCGAUACCCCAGCCCCCUGGUUCCUGUCCCACUAACUCUGCUGAGCGAUUUGAGGUUCGAACUGCCACCCUCCACCGCUCCCCGGUCCAGCCUGGGGUGCUACCUUCCUGUCCUCCUCCAUCCUCCCCACUUCCCUGGUCCCUCACUCAUGUCCAGUUCUCCCAGGAUAUCAGGAUUGCUGGGUCCCAGUCUCUUGGCUUUUCCUCUCACUACCUGCGAAAAUUGGAAAUUCCCCAGAAUUUUUUUUUUUUCGUUUUUUUUCCUCUUAGGCCUCCACUUGUGCAUUCUAAUUUCGAGGUUCCUGAAAUGUGGAUGCAGACAGGGCUGUCAAUCUCUUGCUCUAGACCUUCUACUCAUCUUAAGUCCCCUCCCUAUGUUGACAAACACCCCCAGGCUGUCAUUGUUACGGGAUCCCUUGAAAUGGUGUGUUCCACUCAUCUCAAACAGAAUGUAGCACCUUCCCCGUUCCAAGUUGACUCAUAUAACUUCCUGUGGAUGGUGUCCCACCUUCUGCUGGAUUAGCUAAGAGCCUCUGCCUGGGACUAGGUCCUCCUGCUUAUCCUCAGGUGAUCAGCCCCCCAGCCUGGCUGUUCCAUCUUCCACUCUCUAGUGAAGACAUUUCCUCUGCGUUGGGGAGUCGCUAGUCAGUAGCAGGGGUCCCCAGUAUUUUGGCUUUUUUUCUACACCAAACCAUGAGCCACAAUAUUUUUCUAAAAUUCAUAUAAAGCCUUUGUUUGAAAACAGUGCCUGGCUUCCUAGAUCAUAGCUCAAGUCCCAAACUCUCAACCUGGUGUAUGGGGCACCUCCUUCCUGUCUCAGGCGCUGUCUCUGGGCCCCAGGCAGACCACACAUUUCCUGUCCAUUCCGUGCACCUGCUGGCCCUGACACUCACUGCCUUCCAGAGCUCCUGCCAGUCUUUGAGAAUCAACUUACUGCUCCCCUUCUCCUGGGCUUCUGAAGAGAUUUCUUUCUGCUUUACUGUUGGCUUCCUUAGCGCUUUGUUGUUUAUCCUGGAUCAGAGUACAAGGCUGACUUAAAACCAGGCAUUUAUGUGUGUGUAUCUUCCCAAGGGUGGGGGCUCCCAGUUUUUGCAGAAAUCAGUACUCUAGAAACCAAGUACCACACUCGGAGAGUUGGAGAAUCAGGUUUAUUAUGCUGGUGGACCCAAAGGACUGAGGACACUCCAAGCUCUGAGCCCUGAACAAGGGAUUACAGAGUUUUUAUAGACAGACUAUUGUGGACAACACUAGCUGUUAAUAGAGUGGUUUAAACUAAGGGGUUUCACACACGCGGGAACCGUGGUCAAGAUGGGGAGGAGGAUGCCUGACCUUUACACAGACAGGCAUGAUGCAUGAUGAGUUUGCAGGGGCCAGACAGCUGAAAAGAGCAGGACAAGGACAAGUGAGAUAAGCUCCAGUUCUUAGUAUUGUAAGUGCCCACUUCCUGAGACCACGUGACCUGCGUGAUCCAGACUUUGCAUGGAGCAAGCUGAGUUACAGAGGCAGAAGGAGCAGGAAGUUACAUAAAGUUUUAACUUUUCCUCUUCACAGUCAGGAAUUAUGGCCUUUGUUUUUUUACCUUUUUUUUUUAAUCCUCCAAAAUCUUAUAAGGAAAGUUCGACAUAAACACUCUUUGAACAAAUUCACUUUUGGAUGUAUGUAUGGGUUGGAUGUAUGUAUGCCUGGAUAGCUCAGUCUGAAAGCAUCAGACUUUUAAUCUGAGGGUCCAGGGUUCAUGACCCUGUUUGGGCGUCUGUGUUUUUUGUGACCUCAUGGGGCAAUGGUAGCACAUCUGACUCCAGAUUUUUGGGCUUCCCCGGUGGCUCAGAUGGUAAAGAAUCUGCCUGCAAUGCCAGAGACCCAGGUUCAAUCCCUGGGCGGGGAAGAUCCCCUGGAGAAGAGAACGGCUACCCACUCCAGUAUUUUGGCCUGGAGAAUUCCAGGGAGUGUAUAGUCCAUGGGGUCGCAAAGAGUCAACAUGACUGAAGCAGAUGAAGCAGGGAGGUGGCAGGCAUUCUGCCCCAGGAGGAAAUGAUGCUGGAUACAGUCAGUCCCCCUCUCUAUCAGAGGUUCUGCUUCCGCAGAACCAACAAGAGACUCCAAAUGUUUGGGAAAAAAAAAAAAAUCCAGGAAGUUCCCAAAAGCCAAACUUGAAAUUGCACCCUCUGGCAACUAUUUACAUAGCAUUUUACAUUGUGUGAGGGAUUAUAACUAAUCUAGAGAUGAUUUAAAGUAGACAAGAUGUUGUGUGUGGUUUGUAUGCAAAUACUACACCAUUUCAUAGAAGGGACUUGAGCAUUUUUGGAUUUUGGUAUCACGGGGCUCCUGGAACCAAUCCCUCACAGAUACUGAGAGACAUCUCCUUGGAAACAGAAGGCUUGCUUUUGUGCUUGAAUCUGCUAGUUUCUUCUGAGACUGGAGGACAGUAUUUAAUUGUCCUGACAUUGUUCACCUGUAGAAGGAAAACGAGUUUAAUGCCAAUCCAUUUUGUUGGCUGGAAGUAAAAUCUUUUACCGGUGUGAGCUGGGACACAUCUGAGAGGUGCGUGUGAGUGUGUGCAAGGGUGUUUCAGUGCUUGGGGGACAUGAUGAUGGAAAAUACUCGGCUGCUGACUAGUACCCUGAUGUUGAAAAGGAAUGGAGGUGAGGAGAUGUGAUGAAGAAAGGGGAAAUGUGAGAGAAACCUGAAAUAUACAUUUACAAUUAAGAGCAGUUAAAAUGUAAAGAGGGAAUUAAUGUGAUAUUCCAGUUCAUUCCUUUGCCUGUGCAGAUUGGACAACCACACACACACACACACACACACACAUGCACACCCACUCACCUGCAUAAGCUUAUGCCAGCCUCACCCUGGCUCCUGUAACACAAAGAAUGUUGCUCACCAUCCAGUUCUACAAGGAUCUAGUGUUUAGCUGCUGCAGUCACUGGCUGACAAUGCACCCUGAACAGAAUUCAGAAUGAAAAACAUAAGCCAUGUUUUUCAUGGCUUAUGAUAAGCCAGUCUGUACUUUGGGAAAACAGGCUCCUUAGAGAUUUCACUGGAAAAAAAAUUAAUAAGCCGAGAUUCUUGCAUCUUCCCCUAUAUCACAAAGCACUAAAAUCACUAGCUUUGCUCUCUGGUCCUCGUGACCAGCAGUGACCUUUUACUGAGCUGAAUGACUCAUUCUGUAGCCCAAAUCAUGCUUUUCCGCCUGCCUCCUCGGAGCUAUGUCAGAGAGCCUAUCUCCCUUACUGUAGUCCUCAGUAAGAUCCUGAGUAACACUUAACUCACAACUUAAUGUCAUGUUGUGCAUUUUUCUGUUUCGGUCCACAGUCCAAAGCUUCUAUGCUCCUGUAAAAUCCAAUCCAAAUUUAUUCCUGUCUUUCAUCUCCAGGUACCCAAUUCUCUCCUUCUUUGAAUCUCUUUGGUGCCACUUUCUG